AUGAUUCAGGCCAUUCAGGUAUUACGGUUUCAUUUGCUGGAAUUAGAAAAAGUACACGAACUGUGUGACAAUUUCUGCCAUCGGUACAUAUCCUGUUUGAAGGGCAAGAUGCCCAUAGACUUGGUCAUAGAUGACCGGGAUGGUGCCGGGUCUUCGUCGACGGCGCCAGCGAAAACAUCGACAUCAACAUCGUUGGAUAAUAUUGAUCAGCAUUCAGAGAACAGUCGGGAUCACCAGGUGUUUUCUCCGGCUGGUGAUACACUUUUUGUUAAUGAAAAAAUGCGCCCACCUUCACAAAACUUACCCUUUAGUCAUCACGAUGGUGCUCAGUCUCCGCUGUCUAAUGAUACAGUUGUUGCGUCUAGUCAUUUAAAUACCAGUACAGCACACAGCGUGGAGAAUAACAGUGAAUCGG